CCAGAUGUGCCAGCGGUAGGGUGUACCAAAAAUCAUACGAGUGUUGAACAAAAAAAAUAAAAUUCCAGUGUUUUGUUGUGUGUGCGAACAGUUAAACUUUUUAUUUAAACAAUCGUAUUGCAGUUUACAACUGAGUACUGUUAUUAUUUAUGUCGAAUUAUCGUAAAUCGUGUCCGAAUCUUGCGUGUUUUCAUGGUAUCAGUGAUAUACUGUGCAGAGGAAGAAAUUCAUUGUGCAUGAGGGCAUAGCACUUACCCCCCAGCUCAACGACCAUGACUGAAGUGAGCAUAUCCUCCGCCCGCGCGUCGGUGAUGGUCUACGACGACGUUAACAAACGAUGGAUACCAAGUGGCAGUUCAUCGGGCCUCUCCAAAGUACAAUUGUACCAUCACCUUGUUCACAAUACAUUUCGUGUUGUUGGACGAAAACUACAGGAUCACGAGAUCGUGAUAAAUUGCGCAAUACUGAGGGGACUAAAGUACAAUCAGGCUACGGUGACGUUUCACCAGUGGCGAGACAACAACCAAGUUUACGGUCUCAAUUUUUCGAGUAAGGACGAUGCAGAUGCCUUCGCCAAAGCAAUGCUCCAGGCGCUCGACGUGCUGAGCAAUGGGAGUAACAUAUCGAGAAGUCUUGUUCCAACUGUCACGCCGGCUGGCCAGCAGCAACAGCAGCAGCAGACUGUCUACUCGCAACAACCUCAGCAGCAGCAGCCUCCACCGGCUCAGGGUGCGACCCAGUACGAGGAGGACAUGGGAUAUAGGUACGAAAACCAGACUAUGACUAAGGAAGACGUCGCCAUUAUUCAGGAACGUAGAAUGUCUCAACAGAGUCAAGGUUCAAACGGAGCCCUGGCAGUCUCCCCAAGCUACCAAGUCCAGCCGCAGUCCCAGCAGCAGCAGCAGGCACCCCCUCAGCAGCAGCCGGCUCCCCAGCAGCAACAGCAACAACAACAGCAGCAGCAGCAGCAGCAAUCAGGCCACCACAGAACGUCUUCAGCGCCGCCAGCGCCCCAGCCCCAGGCGCCGCCAAUGCCCGGCACCAUGGCAGCCCUGAGGCCGCCGAUCUCGGGUCCCCCAGCACCACCUCCAGUGCCGCCGGCGCCACCCUGUCCACCCUCGAUGAUGAACCUCAACUCAGCCCCAGUGCCACCCCCAAUGAUGAAUCAGUACGCACAAUCACCUUCCCAAUGUAACCUAUCCAAUCAGUCCACACAGCAGUCUCCCUCGAUCUACGGUAGUAAUCAAAAUCAGUAUACAAAUAAUCAGAAUCAGUAUUCGGGUAGUCAGCCAAAUCUCUACGGAAGUAACGCUAAUUUUCAAGGCAAUCAGUAUGCCAGCAGUCAAAAUUCCCAGUACGGUGGUAGUCAAUAUGGCAGUAGUAAUUCGAUAAAUCAGUAUGCCAGUACACCGAGUCAGUAUGGCCAGGGCCAGGCCCAAUACACUGGCACGGGCCAGGGCCAGUAUGGCCAGACCGCUAAUGUCAAUCCUUACGGUACACCGGUGAAUAACGUCAAUCAGUAUGCUAGUGCUGGUACACAGUGUGCUAACGCAUAUACUCCGGUUGUUAGCAGUGGCGGACCACCACCACCUCCAAUGGGACCACUCGGGGGUCCCGCUGCUCCACCUCCACCCCCACCCCCGCCCGCUCCCAAUAGCUGUGCCAAUAGCACAGCCAACUGUGAACCAGCACCCGAUGUUAAUUCCCUUGCAGCUGCACUGCAGGCUGCGAGAUUGAAAAAGAAACAGCAAGCACAACCAGUUGAAAACAGUGGUUCCAGUACAAGCAGCAGUGGAAGUGGCGGGGGUGGUAAUUAUGGGACCAUCGGACGUGGUGGUGGAGGUGGUAUGGCAUCGAUGAUGGACGAAAUGGCAAAGACACUGGCUCGUCGUCGCGCUGCUGUCGAGAAGAAGCAACCCGAGCAACCACCAGAGCCAGAGAGUUCGCCGGACAAGAAAUCCUGGGACAAGAGUAAUGCAUCGAACAAUAAAUUUUCAAAUGGCGCAGAAUCGCCAAAAUCAGCUCGGAAGAGAUUUGGCUCGGCAUCGGAAGACACGCUUCUCAAAGUCAAUGGUAUUAAUGAGGGGGCUUUUCUCACUGCUCAAGAAAUGGAGGCUUUCAAAGCUGAAAUAAUCAAGGAAGUUAAAAAGGAGUUUCAGAAAAUGAAAACUGACAUUGUUGAAGCUCUGAAACUCGAGCUGAGCAGAAGGUAAAGAACCGAGGAUAAUAUUCCAUCGACUAAAAACGGUAUUCAUGAGAGAUUUGAUUAGAUAGGUGAACCACAGCAUCAUCGACAGCAACAUACGAGGUUUUUAAUAAAAACUAAUAAUAAUACUAUUGAUAAUAACGAUUAAAAAAAACCAUUCGAGGAAAAACGGAAAGAGAUGCAAGCGCAAAAAUCGUGUAGCAAUAUCCGUGUAUAUCAGCCAUUUGUGUGUAAGUACUUUAAUCUUAGAUUAGUGAAAUUGAAAUUCUCAAUGCCCCAAUCUGUCAUUGAUAAUUGAUGAGGAGAUGACACUUGGACCAAUUGAGCUGUCAGUGAAAUUGCCAACGCACAUUGAUCAAACGAUUUUUUUAAAAUUCCUUUCUACGAAGUGACUGUUUCAACAGUAUGCCUUUAUUACUGUAUAAUCAUUCGAUAUUUUUAAGGAUUUUUUAUACUUCAUUUAAUGGGACUUUCUCAGCUUGAUUGGUCCCACGUGGAACGGUAUAAAGUAGCUUAGUCGUCGUUGAUUAAUUUAUUAAAAUUGAAUCUAAAUCAAACAGACGAUUUAAUGCACAAAAAUGUACAGUUCACCAAUGUCGUGGCAUAAAUUUUUGUAAUUCACGUGUUACGUUCAGUUCUCCAGUCAUUUUGUAUUAAAAAAACCAGCGCAAAAGUGAUUCAAGAUUGCAUUUAACGAGGUACAUAUCACGAUCAUUCUGAUACAUUCCGUUGAAUUGUUCUUCAGACUGAUGACGCGAAAAAUUCAGGUCAUGCUUCAAUCCUGUCGGAUUAUUUAUGUGAUUCAUUAAUUAUUAGUUGAUUGGGGAUUUCCAAGUCAUGAAUGCUGUUGCCACGACUUGGAUUCAUUCAAAUCGUUCGUCUAUGAAACCCAUAACAAAAUAAGUUGAAAAAAAAAAAUCAUCAGUUGACAAAAGUAGUGAUUAGCGAAUUAAAUUAUUAUUUUCAAGAAGUCGUUCGAGUGUAACGAUUAGCGUGUGAAUGAUUGCUGAAUCGUUCGGACUAGGCUUUGCAUAUAAAUAUCUAAUUGGCGAGGAAACGAAGGAGGCAUGGUAUUCUUAAUUUUAACUGCGAAAUAUCUCAUUCUUUUCCUGAAAAACUGAAUUCGAUCGACUCACUCGUGAUUAAUCGUAAGAAAGUAUAAUUUGAUGUUUUUUCAUGAACACGUACUGAUUCUAAAAUUCUCCAGACAUUUUGUUUGCCUUCAAGACUGAAUCGGAAGAAAACAAUCUCAAUAAUGUAAAUAAACCGAAUGUGAUUGAUAUGUGGUGAUCCAUCACGUCACAUGAAGCCUAGUGGUCCUCUGUGCACUGUUAAAUACAGCACAAAAAUGAAACAAUGUGGAGCGAUAAAUUAAGCUAAUUGAUAGCUUUUGAUAUCAUUUAUUCAGUGACUAAAAUUACGAAAAAACAAUGUGCAUUUUAUUAUCCAAUUGACGACUGAAAUUCGUAUUAAUUAAGGGGGGACGGCGGUGAAAUUUAAAAGUUGCAGGGGGUUCUCUAUCAUACCGAGGGCUUUGGUAUUUUUUGGACUAAAAAAUGGGGAAAAAUCAAGUUUCAAUUUUUUCCAACGACGACAUUGGGUUCUACCACAUUGAGCUCAGCUCAUUUCAUCAUGUGGACAAUUCAUCAUAUGUAAAAUUCAUCUUUACAGUGAAAGCUAAGAAACAAAAUAUGAUUGAAAUAUUUAAGCCAAAGUCAAAUUUAUUCUGCUAUUAGUCGGCGGUCUUAUCAUCAUUGUGAAUUUCGUUUAAUUCUUAAUUUCUCUCAAAUUUAUUAUCUUUACAAUGAAAUUGAAGACAAAAAACAUUAGUGAAAUAUUUAAUAAAGCUUGUAAUGUUGUCAAAUAAAAUUGCGGAGUUCAUUUGAUAUUCAAUUACUGGAAUGGGAAUUCAAAGCCAGAUGUUGUUAAUAAAUAUUCUCCACAAUGGGUUGGGGUUCUCUAUAAUAGAGAUGACUUUGGUACUUAUUUUUUAUACUAAAAAAUGGGAAAAAAUCCAGCUUCAAUUUUUUUCAAGGAUGGCAUGUGGGUUCUACCACUGAUUAACAUGAAACAAUUCAUAAUUCCAUGUCAUUACAGCACAACUGAGCUCAGCUCACUUCAUCAUGUGGAUAAUUCACAUGUAAAAUUUAUCUUUACAAUGAAAGCUAAGAAACAAAAUAUGAUUGAAAUAUUUAAGCCAAAGUCAAAUUUAUUCUGCUAUUAGUCGGCGGUCUUAUCAUCAUUGUGAAUUUCGUUUAAUUCUUAAUUUCUCUCAAAUUUAUUGUCUUUGCAAUGGAAAUGAAGACAAAAAACAUUAUUGAAAUAUUUAAUGAAGCGUCUAAUGUCGUCAAAUAAAAUUGCGGAAUUCAUUUGACAUUCAAUUAUUGGAACGGGAAUUCAAAGGCAGAUAUUGUUAAUAAAUAUUCUCCACAAUGGGUUGGGGUUCUCUAUAAUAGAGAUGACUUUGGUACUUAUUUUUUAUACUAAAAAAUGGGAAAAAAUCCAGCUUCAAUUUUUUUCAAGGAUGGCAUGUGGGUUCUACCACUGAUUAACAUGAAACAAUUCAUAAUUCCAUGUCAUUACAGCACAACUGAGCUCAGCUCACUUCAUCAUGAGGAUAAUUCACAUGUAAAAUUCAUCUUUGCAAUGAAAGCUAAGAAACAAAAUAUGAUUGAAAUAUUUAAGCAAAAGUCUAAUUUAUUCUGCUAUUAGUCGGCGGUCUUAUCAUCAUUUUGAAUUUCGUUUAAUUCUUAAUUACUUUCUAAUUUAUUAUGUCUUUACAAUGGAAGUGAAGACAAAAAACAUUACUAAAAUAUUUAAUGAAGUGUCUAAUGCCAAAUAAAAUUGCGGAAUUCAUUUGAUAUUCAAUUAUUGGAACGGGAAUUCAAAGGCAGAUGUUAAUAAAUAUUCUCCACAAUGAUGGAUAAUUUUUUAUCGAUCAAUUGUGAAGAAUUUUCCAUGUGAAGAAUUGUCUAAAUGCUGGAAUGUCCAAUGAUGAGUCCAUGUGAUAAUUUUUAGUGAUCAAAUGGCCAGUAUUGUCAUGUUACAAUACAUGAAAUCUUUAAAAUAGUCCCCCUAUGAGAAUUCUUCAUAGAUUGACUUGAAUUUUGGUUUCCACACACAUUAUAUAUCGACGAAAAACAUACGUUUUUUUUUUAUUCAAAUUUUUAGAUUUUUCUCCUCAGAAAGAGUAGAGACAAUCGUAUUUUAAUGCGGUAUAAUACACUAAUGAUCGAAAAAAUGAAAUUGUUAUUUCAUUUUUUUGAUCAUUAGUGUGGCAGUUUUGCAAAAUGAAUGAUCAAAAAUUCAAGAAAAUUGUAGUUUAUUGAUGUGUCAUAAUCUUCAAUUUGCAUCACACUACAGAUAAUCUUUUAUUAUUUUUUUUGUGUUAUUUUAUUUUUUGAUCAUUACUAUGGCAGUUUUGCAAAAUGAAUGAUCAAAAAUUCAAGGAAAUUGUAGUUUAUUGAUGUGUCAUAAUCUUCAAUUUGCAUCGCACUACUAUUAUUCAAUGAUUGUUCUCAUCGCCAUGAUAUUAAUUAACUUAAAAAAAGUCAGGGGAUGUUGGGGAAAUAAUUAAGACGUUGAUUGAAUUGUCAUAGUGCGACGUUUUGCUAAAUUAUUUUAGCUUCGUCGCGCUCUUGACGGCAAUCUACGUCAAACUAUUUCCACUAAUAUUAGUGUCAGAACACAUAACUUACAAACAAAAUCACAAAAAAUACAGGAUCGAAGGGACAAUUUAUUUAAUGUCGUAAAUAUUUCUCCGAUGUCCCCUGAUCUCUCUUAAAUUGAUACAAUAUUAUUGUCUCCGUCAAUUCGGAGCAAAAAAAUCGAAAAGAUUUUCAAAAAAGCUGACAUAUUUUUUUUCGUCUCUACAGAAUAUAGAAUAUUAGAAUAUUUAUCACUGCAUUUCAAGGGAGAUACACCCUAUGGCACGGGGCCAUGUUACAAAGAGUAAAAAAUAUUAUUGUGGUAUCAAAUGAGGUGACAUAACAAUAAAAUAAAAUUUCGUCACUAUAUUACGUAUGUGGCAAUCAAAAUUCAAGUCAGUGCAUCAAAAAUCCCGUUGAGGGGACUAUUUUGAAUAUUUACGCCUGUACAGCCACAUAUUAUCAAUGAAAAAAAAUUAAAACACCAUUUUUUCCAAUUUUUUAAAUAAAAAAAGAGUACUAAAAUUAUCGCACGAUAGGGGCAAUCCCCUGCAACUUAAAAAUGUCACGGCGCUCUCCCCCUGAAUACAUGAAAAAAAUCCCUUCCGUGUUUUUACUUUUACGAACAAAUUUUAAUCUGAAAAAUUUUUUAACCACUUGGUGAUAGUUAUAAAUGAACAAUUGGCGAGAAAAAAAAAUGUUUACUCUAAAGUUAAGAACAUUUCAAAGGCUGAUCGCUGUAUUUACACAAUUUUCACGCGCCCAAAUGCACAUGCUUCUGCUAAAGGUCUACAGCUGUAUUACACCAUGCAAAAAAAAAUUAUAAAAAACGCUUGAUAGAUUUUAUAUUUAACCGAUGACAUGGGGAAAUAAGUAUUUACAUUCGAUUGAUAUUUCGAAUAAUCCUAGACGCUUGUCCCUCGGUCAUUCAGACAAAUGCAAAUGUAAAUGCAAAAUAAAUUGGAUUGAUAAUCUAAAUAAGAUGAACACGAUUGGGGGGGUAUCUCUUAGCUUGUGAAAUUGAAUAAACUAUCGUGAAAAAAAAAUGGAAGAGUAGAAUAACUUUUUACAUCGAUCAGAGCAAACGUUACGUUUCACUUUCUUUACCGAUAUUUUCUACUGAUCGUAAAAUGUUUUAAAGAGAAAAUUGUUCUUGAUAAUUCAGACAUAAUGAAUAUUUUCACUGACACGGGUUUUCCGUUUCGCAAAAAAAGUAACCGUUAAUAAUAUUAUUUCAUAUAUUUUAUAACAAUCUUGUAAAUAUAAUUAGUAUAUCUUCCACACUAAAUAUUUAUUUUCAUCCAUUCUAUUCCCAUUAACGUAAAUUAGAUCAUCUGAGUGUAGUAUGGGGCGAAUACUUGAUUUUCU